ACGCGGCCUUGAGAACCCGCCGGCCCUUUUCCCGGAGCGCAGCUCCUCCGGGUUCCUACCCUCCUCCUGGUCAAACGCAAGUCAACGGGGUCCGGCCGGCCCUCUGGGCGUCCGGCAGAGCUUUUCAGGCCAGCCUCCUCAGGCACGCCUUCGACCUCCUUCGGCCCCUCCCGGGCCCUGACGCUUCGGGGGGCGAGGCUGUGGCCUCCGUUGCACUGGCAACGCCGGGCCGCGGGCUGGCCUGGGCUGGGCUGGGCUUGGGGCGGCGGCGACCAUGGCCAUGGAGUCUUCCCUCCUGCAGGCUUUGAUUAAUUACUACUGCCAGGAAGGAUACUAUCGACAUGUUCAAACCGUUGCUAAUGAAGGCCUUAAGACGUUUGGCGGUGACCCGGUAUUCGUUUUCUACCGUAUUUAUGGGAUAUUGAUGGAAGGACACAUUGAAGAAGCUCUUCUUGAUCUCGAAUCUAUUAAAAACAGGCAAGAAAUAUCCCUUUGCACUCUAAUGGCAUUGAUCUAUGCCCAUAAAAAGAAGCCAAAUCCAGAUCGAGAAGUAAUCUUGGAGCUAGAUGCCAAACUGAAAGAGCACCGUAAGACUGCAGGACAGGAGGCUUUGUAUUUUGCUGGCUUAUUCUUGUGGCACAUUGGCCGCCAUGAGAAAGCCCGUGAAUAUAUUGACAGGAUGAUCAAGAUCUCCAGUGGCAGUAAAGAGGGAGUGAUUUUGAAAGGAUGGCUUGAUGUCACCAGUGGGAAAGAAGCAAGUAUUAAGAAAGCUAUAAAAUAUUUUGAUGAAGGGUUGCAGAGUGGAUAUGAUGUCUUUGGCUUGAUGGGUAAGGCGCAGUAUUUUGAAGUGCGACAGAAUUACUCAGGAGCCUUGGAAACUGUGAACCAAAUCAUAGCCAAUUCCCCACAUUUCCUACCUGCUUUUAUAAAGAAAAUGAAGCUACAGCUGGCUUUGCAAGACUGGGAACAGGCAAUUGAGACGGCACACAGGUUGCUGCAGAAAGAUGCUCUGAACCUGGAAGCCAUAAAAAUUGAGGCUGUUUACCACUUGUGUAGGGAAGGAAAGAUACCUGAGGCUUCAUCAAAGUUGGCAGAUCUGAUUAGCGCAUUGAAUCAGUUGGAACCCCAGAACCCUCAGCUUUUCUGUAAAACAGCACUGGUUUUUAGCAGAACAUGCGGCCGCAACCCACUCAUCCUGCAGCAGACUCAGGCUUUAGUAGAGAAAGCUUUCCAUUUAGCCUCCCAGAGUGCUGACAUUGCCACGGAACUAGGCUACCAGAUGAUUUUGCAAGGGAAAAUAACGGAAGCUAUGAAGUGGUACAAGGCUGCCAUGGCUCUCGAUGAAACAAGUGUUCCUGCGCUGACCGGUAUUAUCCGAAGCCAGCUGAUGGAAGGGAAGUUAGAUGAUGUAGAGCAGCAGUUGGAGUUCCUGAAUGAAAUCCAGCAGUCUAUCGGGAAAUCAGCAGAACUAUCUUACCUGCGUGCAGUGUUGGCUAUGAAGAAACAUAAAAAACAGGAAGACGUUAUUACUUUACUGAAUGAUGUCCUUGAUACUCAUUUUUCAUCUUUGCAAGGUUUACCUCUUGGUGUAGAAUAUUUUGAGAAAUUAAACCCUGACUUUUUAAUAGAAAUUAUUAAGGAGUAUCUGAAUUUUUGCCCUGCACAGCCUGCAGGUCCAGGCCAGCCUGUGUCUCCACUUCUCAAGCCGUGUGCGUCUGUCCUGGAAACUGUGGUAAAAACAGUUCCUGGUCUCCUGCAAGCUGCCUAUUUAGUUGCAAAGGUUAAAUAUUUGGCAGGAAAUGCAGAAGCAUCCCAGGAUAUCCUGCAGCACUGUAUAGAACAGGAUCCUUCAUAUGCAGAUGCUCAUCUCCUUAUGGCUCAAGUUUAUUUGUUGCAAAACAACUUCAAGCUCUGUUCCCAGUCCCUGGAGCUCUGCCUCAGCUACAACUUUGAGGUUAGGGAACAUCCUGUAUACCACUUAAUAAAAGCUAAAGCCCAAAUAAAGAUGGGUGAAAUAGCAGAAGCCGUUAAAACCUUGCAGAUGGCAAUGAAUUUACCAGGAAUGAGAAGUGUUCCUUCUUCAAAAUCAAAAAUGAAAAAGAUAGAAAUUGAUGGAAGUGAUCGUGUGUCUGUCUAUCUAGAACUGGUAGAUGCUCAUCGUUUAAAUGGGGAGCAGCAUGAAGCAAUCAAAGUCCUCCAAGAUGCCAUCAAUGAAUUUUCUGGCACCCCUGAAGAGCUGAGAGUCAUGAUUGCUAAUGCAGAUCUAGCUCUUGCCCAAGGAGAUAUAGAAGGGGCAUUGACCAUGCUGAGAAGUAUCACACCAGAGCAGACCUACUAUGUUCAAGCCAAAGAAAAAAUGGCAGAGAUCUAUCUGAAUUACAGGAAAGACAAGAAGCUAUAUGCAAGCUGUUACAGAGACCUGGUAGAGAAAUUGCCAAGUUCUCACACCUUUCUUCUCCUUGGUAAUGCAUAUAUGAAUAUCCAGGAGCCUGAAGAAGCAAUAGAGGUUUAUGAACAAGCUUUGAAGAGGAAUCCUAGAGAUGGCACUCUGGCUCGUAAAACUGGGAAUGCUUUGGUCAAGACUCACAACUAUUUGAAGGCAAUAAAUUAUUAUGAAGCUGCUCUGAAAACUGGACAACAGAAUUUCCUUUCUUACGAUCUGGCUGAACUGUUACUGAAACUGAACCAGUAUGAAAAAGCUGAGAAAGUCCUCCACAAAGUUUUAGAUCAUGAGUCUGUAAAUGAUCUCUCUUCCCUGAUGGAAGAUGUCCGUUAUCAGGUUCUCCUUGCGAAAGUUUACAGCAAAAUGGGGAGCACAGAAGAUGCUGUUGUUUCAUUGCAACAGGCUCGGGAAUUGCAGACCAGAGUCCUGAAACGGAUUCAGAUAGAGCAGCUGGAUGCUGUGCCCGUGCAGAAGCAACUUGCGGCUGAAAUCUGUGCCGAGAUAGCAAAGCACUCAGCGACCCAGCGGAACUACGAGAAAGCAAUUAAAUUUUACAAAGAAGCUCUUGUUCAUUGUGAGACAGACAACAAGGUGAUGCUGGAACUUGCACAUUUAUACCUUGCACACGAUGAUGUAGAUUCGUGCCAACGCCAAUGUGCUCUCUUGUUAAAGAAUGAUCCAGACAAUGCAGCAGCUACUAUGAUGAUGGCCGACCUUAUGUUCAGGAAACAGGACUAUGAACAAGCAGUAUUUCAUUUCCAGCAGCUCCUGGAUCGAAACCCAGAUAAUUAUGCAACACUGUCACGUUUAAUUGACCUUCUGAGAAGAGCUGGGAAACUAGAUGAAGUUUCAAAAUUCCUAACAAUGGCUGAGAAACAUUCUCCUAGGACAAAACUUGAUGCAGGUUUUCACUAUUGCAAAGGAUUGUAUCUUUGGUACACCGGUGAACCAAACGAUGCACUUCGGCAUUUUAACAAAGCAAGGAAGGACAAUGACUGGGGACAGAAUGCUGUUUAUAAUAUGAUUGAAAUCUGCUUAAAUCCCGAUAAUGAAACAGUGGGAGGUGAAGUGUUUGAACAUUUGGAUGGUGACACAGAUAUUUCCACAGAGAAACAAGAGUCUGUACAACUGGCUGUGAGAACAGCAGAAAAGCUCUUAAAGGAACUGAAGCCUCAGACGGCUCAAGGUCAUGUACAGCUUUGCAUCAUGGAAAAUUAUUGCCUUGUGGCAACCAAGCAGAAAUCAAAUGUUGAGCGAGCACUAAAUGCCUUUACAGAAGUUGUUGUUAAUGAGAAAGAUCACGUUCCGGCCCUUUUAGGGAUGGCUAUUGCAUACAUGAUUUUAAAACAAACCCCACGAGCCAGGAACCAGUUGAAACGCAUUUCGAAAAUGAACUGGAAUCCUAUUGAUGCAGAGGAGUUUGAGAAAAGUUGGCUUCUGCUAGCUGACAUUUACAUUCAGUCUUCCAAAUACGACAUGGCUGGUGAAUUAUUAAAACGGUGCCUCCGUCAUAAUAGGUCCUGUUGCAAAGCUUAUGAAUAUAUGGGGUACAUAAUGGAGAAGGAACAAGCGUACAAGGAUGCAGCUGCAAACUAUGAGAUGGCCUGGAAGUAUGGAAACCAAACAAAUCCAGCAAUAGGUUUCAAGCUGGCAUUUAAUUACCUGAAAGCUAAGAGAUACAUCGACGCAAUCAGUGUUUGUCAUAAGGUUUUAGAAACUCAUCCAAAUUACCCGAAGAUCAGAAAAGACAUACUUGAUAAGGCACGCAUAUCUUUAAGGACUUGAACAUUAUUGUGUAUGUUUAUCUUAAUAAGGGGGGGUAUUACAAAGGGGGGAAUGGGCUGCGAAGACAUCUGUUUAGUUUGGGUGAUGCUGCAUGCCCCACCUGUUUCCACUGGAGGAUUUUUUAAAAAUGAAGAGAGACUACUUAGAUUUAUCUCCCCUCUGGAAGAGGACGUUUCAGUACUUAAGGUUCAGUAAACGCAAACUAUAAUUUGAUGUCUGUUACUCUCCACCGAUGGGUACCAGCUGCCAUCCCAAUAAAUCACUUCAGUGUAAAGGAAGGACAGAGGUAGGCGGAACCCCCUUUGAAGGUCUCUCUCAGGCAGAGAAAUCUUCAGAGAAAGUUUUCCAGCUGCGCUCAUAGUUCCUUCAUACUCAUAGAGGUGAUUUAUUUGGAGUGAGAUGAUGGUUUUUAAACAGUGUAUAAUCAGAAUCCUCAAAGGCAAUAAAAAAAGAAAAAGACAACACAAUUGCAAUGCUUUAUCUGUGUCGUUAAGUUUUUAUGUACUAUUCUGGUUUUGUUAAGAUGUUUUUCUAAAAAGAAAAACCAAGCAAAUUAAAGAACCUAACAAAUUAUUGUUUUCUAAAGCAAUUCACUUUGCUGCUGACUAAGUUAUUUUACUUUUUUAUGGUAUGCAAACAUAAAUAAAGUAUACGUGUUCUGCUGGCUUUCUAAAGAUGGCCAAAAUCCUGUUGCCAUGCAUGUAGCAUAAAUUGAUCCAUGCUGCAGUUUCCAGGGAGUUACACCUAGCAGAACAUCAUUGCAGUGCACAACUUAAUUGUGCAAAGUAUUGUACAACAGUGCCUGUGAAACUGCUUGCAGAGUGUGGUUUCUGCCAUUACAUAGAUGUUGCAGCCAUGUGAGCAACAAUACCAGCCUAGCUAUGAAACAGGACUUGGCCAAUGCAUGUACAUAGAUGGCACUGGUAUCUUUCUUCUCCUUCAAAGAUGCUCAGAGUUAUAUUGUAGCCUCAUAAGUAGUCUGCAAAAUGGAUUUGGUUGCGAGACAAUGCCCUUCUUCAGUUUUGGAUGGGGACUUCAGUUUCCUACACCCAAGCCUCGCACUUCAGUCGUUUCAACAAACAGUGAUCAAAUAUCACAUUGCCGGCACCCCCCCACACACACACACACAGAGUUUCAUACAUAGGAAUAUAUUUCUGUUGGAAUGUCUAAUUUAAAAAUGUCAGCUGCCUCUCACCAUUUACCCGUUUGUAUCAUUCAUUCAUAAAGCGAUUAUGUCAAAGAGCUUGUCUUAUUAAGCCAGCAUUGGUGGUGUAGCCUCUGGAAAUUCUCAGGCACUUAUUUUUCAGAGAGGUCUUAGUCUUAGCGACCUCUUGAACAUCUGUGGUCUCUUAUUCAAAAGCAAAACUGCAGAAACAACAAGGCAUGUGGGAUACACAUGCCUUGUUGUUUUUGCAGUUUUGCUUUUGAAACCUGGGCCCACAGCCACUCGGUCCUCACCGUGCUCCAACAGCUGUUGUGGACGUCCUAUUUUAGAAGGGAAACCACUGCAGUGCAUGUAUGUCAUUUCCUCCAGUGUUUCUCUUUUAAUCUGGAUUGGUGGGAGGUCUGGAUGGGGUAGUCUCUUAAAGUUUAGGAACAGAGAAAAUCAACAUAAAGAGCUUUUUAUAGAUAUUGUGUGUUUCAAACUUUCUGUAAUGAAGUGGGUGGGCAGCUGUUGAGCAUACAGAUGUUUUGGAUAACACCAACAAUCCCUGACCUGGGUGUACUGGGCAAGAAUGAUGGGUGCUAUAGGGCAAGACACUUGGUGGGCCACAGAUUCCCCACCCAUGCUGUAAAGAGACAGGUGCAAGAAGGCCAUAUUGUUUUCCUGCUGUCCCACUGAAUCAGUCAUCUCAGUUAGGAAGACUAGCACUAUUGGACCACAGUUCCUAGAAACCUCCCAGCCAGUAUGUAUGUGCUGGGGGAGGGGGGAAAUUAUGGGAACAGUAGUUCAAAAAAGCACUUUUCUGAACUCUGUCAGAUGUACACACUCACACCUUCCCCCAUGUAUUGUUUCAACCUUCAGGCCUACCAAGUGGUUGUGGCAGAGCUGGAAGUUUGUCUUGUCUUUCAGUUAUCAAAAGCUUAAGUGGAUCUCAAACCAGUCCUUGGAUGCUGUGAAUUUUUCAAAGCCACCUUUGUAGUCUUGUGAUGGAGUUAAAAGCUGCAGAUGUAGGGCUGACCAAGAGUAAUCUGAUGCUCUUAUUCCUUUGAUGAUGAUGGUGUUCAUGUCCUGUACCGGACUAACAAUUCUUAAGAAUCUCUAACGGGAUGGCAUUAAAACUUAAAUUUUCCUUCCUGUACCUUGCUAACAUUCUUGCAUAUUUACUUUAGUAAAAAAUACAUGUACUCCCCUGUAGAAACAAAGCCCAGGGGAAGAUAUUUAUACUUCUCCAUGCUAGCUGUAGAGGGGACAAGGGCUUAUAAAUUCUGACUAUUAACCCCUCAUAUUUGCCCACCUCCAGAUCUGUACCACUUCAUCACUAGCUUAGAACAAUGGGGCCUGUAUCCAAUGGUGUCACUGCAAUGACACAAGAUCACUUGUGCAGCCAGUUAUGCAUUUACAGAAUUAGCACACAGGCCAUAACUGGUGCCAUUGUUGUUCUGCAAUGUAAACCACAGCCUUCCAGUGACACUUCACUGUUGCUUACACAUUCCAUUGCAAUUACACUACUGGGGAAAUUACUGUUGAACUUUUAAAGUUGUUUUUUUCUUUCAUUUUUAUGUUUUUUUAAUCAUACAGUGCAUUCGGUUGUUUUAUAGAUUAUUGUAAUCUGUAUAUAAGCUGCUUUGAAUAGUUA